AUGCUGGCUUUUGAGGAGUUUCAGACGGCAGACGACGAUCCGCUCAUGCCGCCGAGCGCACGAGGGCAAUUCCUGACGCGUGCCGAGCUGGAAGCCCUGGAGACGAAGAUCAAUGGAGCGCACAGCAACACACACCUCACCUUUACGCUCCCUCCCCGGUCGCCGUCCCCUGCUCCUGACCAAUCGCCGGCCUCGGACAUUGUGCCCCAUGACCACAACUCGGACAUCUCUGAGAAAUACUGCAUGUCUGCCAUCCAGGCAUCUUUGGCUGCCGAGAAUGGCGUGGAUGAGGGUCGCUUGAUGGAAUACAAGGGCCAUCUCCUGGAGCCGCCGUCAUCGCUUCUCGCCAAGCUCAAGAGCCAUCUGUCGAAACCCGACGUAGAGCAGAGCCCGCACUGGGCCAGAUGCUCGGCCGACAUCCAAGAGUACCUCGCGUACCUCCUCCAGAUCUGCGCGGGCGAGAGCUGGGAGCCGCAGCUGGACGAGGUGGUGGACAUGUUUCGCGCGCACACGCUGUUCGACGACUUCCACCGCGACCAUCCGGGCCUGGACCACUCGCUGUGGGACGACGUGAUGAAGCCCCGGCAUACAAUCCGUAACCCGCUCGCACCGCCUAGCCAGCUGCAAGAUGCUGCUGCGCAGUCUGUGGUGCUAGGGACGAAGAGGAAGGCGGAGGAGGAGGAGGAGGAGGAGGAUGGCGAUUUCUAUGACAAGGACCCCAUCACGUUUAAUAGCAUGAUGUUGACAGAGGUUCCGCUCAAGGAUUCCAGAGAUCCGUUUGCCUACACGCGCUGGCAUAAUUGUCUCCGGGCAAAUGUGGAAGAGGCCGCGGAUGAGGCCAGAGAAAUGGCAACGGAACGCAUGAAGGACCUCGAGACCAAGCAUGCGGGCUUCCCGGUCAUGAAUGUCCCUCAAAACUGCACCGGCCCUGUCAGUGCCAGCUUACUGCUGGAUCCAGUCGCCCGCAAGAUGUCGAGUGACUGGACGACGCUGCGUCACCUACGCACCAGCCUGCAACGAGCAGCCCGGCGGUCACCGCGUCUGCUGCUCGAAGAGGUAAACACAUCCGUGAAGCUGGGCAUGGCCUUCAAAAAGCCCGAUGCAGCUGCUGCGCAGGACCGCGAUGGGGCCUCCUCCCCGACUGUCAAUAACCGGUUCGUGCGCCUCCAGAAGGAGGAGCUUGACUGGCUCAGCUUCCUCGGCCAACCCUCGCUCAACUACAUGUCCGCGGCGUGCGAGAUGGAGGCCUUGUGCAGAGAUGACUGGAAGCUAGCCAUGCUACGCAAGAGACUGGAAAAGAUGCAGUGCUCCAUUGCACCAGGCAGCUUCGGAGACGGGCAUCGCUUCGACAUGCGUGGGUUCCUGGCGCUCGUCAACCAGGACUGUGACGGGCCGGUCAAGUGCCAUCGCUUCACCAUGGAAGAGCUCAAGAGCCGCAUUCCGCAACUAACUCAGCUCAAAGUGUUACGCGCCGAGCAGGUCGAUGGUGUGCAGCACGUCCGGUGCUUCCCCGGCGACGUUCAUCCCGAGGAAGCCGUCCGCUGGCCCGCCAGCGACGGCCUCCGAAGAAGGUUCCGCAUCCAGCAGAGCCGCGACGAGGACGAAGACGACUACGAUAUGUCGCCCACCACGGCGCCCGUACCGCACUUCAUGCCCAACAUGGACCACGUGCGCACCGUCGAGGAGUGUCUCGUCGAGCAGGACAUGAUCCGGGGCGACGCGGCGCGGACUGCCAUCUUCUUCCGGCGCAUCGCCUACCGCCUCGGCCGCACACUGCAGGAGGUCGCGGCGGAGAGCCGCUACCACCUGUGGCUCGCCGGCGACCCCGCGAGCCAGGCCGCCAACGCGUCGAGCCUGCGCACGCUCAUGGCGCGCUGGGCCGCCGACACGAGCCGCUCCGCCAUUCCGCAGUGCAGAGACGGCCGCGUCGUGGCGAGCUACCGGGACGUGGUCCUCGCCGCGGAGCCCGAGGCCCUGGCCGGGCAGGGGGGCAGCGAUUUGGAGGUUGAGACGUACUGCAGGGACCUGGUGAGGAGGCGCAUCCUGCGCGAGGCGGCGGAGAACAAGACCAUGCUCUGGCCGCUGCCGGUGCCGCGGGACGGCAGCCGCGUUGAGGGGGGCGAGGAUGGGAGGACGGUGCUGCGCCGGGAGGCGGUGUGGUCGUUUGCGCAUCCGUUGAGGAGGGAGUCGGCGCCGAGGUACUUUGAUGUGAAUACCUGGCCGCUCGAGGUGCAGAGCGCGGAAACGCAGGCCGCUAUUCGGGCGCGACGCGGGGAGGACGCCGAUGCCAUGCUGCUUGACUGA